GGAGGGGCGCAGCGCCGAGCUGCUGACAGGUAGAUGGGCUGAACGCUGUCCGCGGUGCUGAAAGCUCCCCGCGCAGCCGUCACACCGGAGAUCCUGCACCUCAGAUUUAGAGUGGGGCUCUUUUUCUUCCACCGGCUGGAGCUUAUCACUUGAUCUCCAAAAGAUUCAUUUCUGAAACCUCAAACUUCCUUUAAUUUUUUCAACGUCUUUUUUGUUCCUCCUUUCUCAUCACCGCAGGAUUUUAAGAUGGCACUGCACGGAUUAACAGCGCGCAAGGCAAAAGCGGACUUAUUUGACUACUGUUUUGUGACUGCGAAACCAGCCCUUUCAGACUGAGCUUGUAACGCCUUUUCUUGCACGUUUUUCAGGAAAUUUUGGUGUUUUUAUCACAAAGACGGGCGAUAUUCGGAUUUUAAAUACAAUAUGCUGUUUUAUGCUGCAUUUCAUUUUGUUAUAGCAUAGUAAGGUUCUUUUUUUCUUAGAUUUUUUUGGGGUUGAGUUAGAAAUGGAGUCAGGCAAGGAAAAGGCUCUCCCUACAACCAAAGAGGGGAUUAAGCAGCUCGCAGGAAAGGCCCUGGGGACUCUAUACAAGAGGCUUGAAAAGCGGCAGCAAACAGGUGAGGUGAUCGAGCUGACGGAGGACGGGAGACCCCGAGAGGAUCCGGAGCGGAAGGCGCCGCUGUGCGACUGCACCUGCUUUGGGCUUCCGCGCAGAUACAUCAUCGCCAUCCUGAGCGGGCUCGGCUUCUGCAUCUCCUUCGGGAUCCGCUGUAACUUGGGUGUGGCUAUCGUCAGCAUGGUCAACAACAGCACAAUCCAUCAAAACGGCAAGAUCAUCGUGAAAGAGAAAGCAAAAUUUAACUGGGAUCCAGAAACUGUGGGGAUGAUUCAUGGCUCGUUCUUCUGGGGAUACAUAGUUACUCAAAUUCCAGGAGGGUACAUCUCCUCAAGACUGGCUGCAAACAGAGUUUUCGGAGCUGCCAUCGUGCUGACUUCCACCCUGAACAUGUUCAUUCCCAGUGCUGCACGUUCUCACUACGGAUGUGUCAUCUUUGUGAGGAUAUUACAAGGCCUGGUGGAGGGAGUGACUUAUCCAGCCUGCCAUGGGAUCUGGAGCAAAUGGGCUCCACCGCUGGAAAGAAGCCGCCUGGCAACCCUAUCUUUUUGCGGAUCCUAUGCAGGAGCAGUGAUAGCCAUGCCUCUGGCUGGGGUUCUGGUGCAAUAUACAGGAUGGUCCUCAGUCUUCUAUGUUUAUGGGUCAUUUGGGAUCUUUUGGUACAUGUUUUGGAUUUUGGUGUCAUAUGAGAGCCCAGCAGAACAUCCAACCAUCACUGAAGAGGAGCGCCGGUACAUUGAAGAGAGCAUUGGUGAAAGUGCCCAACUUAUGGGCCCAUCAGAAAAAUUUAAGACCCCAUGGAGAAAGUUUUUCACCUCCAUGCCAGUCUAUGCAAUCAUUGUGGCCAAUUUUUGCCGAAGCUGGACCUUUUAUCUGCUUCUCAUUAGUCAGCCUGCAUACUUUGAAGAGGUUUUUGGCUUCGAGAUUAGCAAAGUGGGAUUACUCUCAGCUCUCCCUCACUUGGUCAUGACCAUCAUCGUGCCUUUAGGAGGCCAGUUAGCGGACUAUCUGCGAAGUCACAACAUCAUGUCCACCACAAUGGUCCGUAAAAUCAUGAACUGUGGAGGAUUUGGUAUGGAGGCAACACUCUUACUAGUGGUUGGGUACUCUCACAGCAAGGGUGUGGCCAUCUCUUUUCUAGUUUUGGCUGUGGGCUUUAGUGGUUUUGCAAUAUCAGGUUUCAAUGUAAACCAUCUAGACAUCGCUCCUCGCUAUGCCAGCAUCCUCAUGGGUAUUUCCAAUGGUGUAGGGACGCUUUCAGGCAUGGUCUGCCCGCUCAUAGUGGGAGCAAUGACAAAAAACAAGACCCGAGAAGAGUGGCAGUAUGUCUUCCUCAUUGCCUCCCUCGUGCAUUAUGGAGGAGUGGUGUUUUAUGGGAUCUUUGCAUCCGGAGAGAAGCAACCAUGGGCCGACCCUGAGGAGACCAAGGAAGAAAAGUGUGGAUUUAUCGAUGAGGAUGAGCUAGCCGAGGAGACAGGUGACAUCACACAGGGAUACGGUGCAAUGGCAGGCCCGGCCAAAAGCUACGGAGCCACAGAGCAGCUCAAGGAGGGCUGGGUGCAGGACUGGGAUAAGACAGAGGAAUACGUUCAGGAGCCAGCAGGAAAGAUGUAUGCUCAGCGGGGUUACUCUUAAGCCACAAUUACGGAGAGUCGGUUUAAAAUCUAGCUCCCCAUCACUGGUUGCACAAAUAAAAGUUAUACCAGAUAUCUAAAUGAAUUAUGUGUGUUAAAGUAGUUGAAAAUAAAAAUGUAAAGAAAUAGUUUAUGGCAUUGCAGAACAAUCCUCAUUAGAUAGAUUCUUGCGUUUUUCAUCCCAUCUACAAAACGUAGGACUUCAGUACACGUACAGACAGCAGUUGUUAAGAAAGCUGCAGACCUACUUAGGCACCCAAACCUCAUUGAUCUACUUGAAGAACAUGAGCCAGACGACGCUGCAUUUGACCAUCAUGUAGAGUCCUUUUUCUGAAAUAAAACUCUGAUUGCACUGAAAUAAUAAGUGUUCUGAAAACAAAAUUCUGUUUCUGAAAUGUGUUUUAUGUAUUGUACAUACCUGUAUACUGUUUCUGUGAGACUAUUGUGGAUUUUGGGUCGUUGAUCUGUGUUAACAUUACUAUAAAAAGGCCAUAUUUUUCAUGGACAGUACCUCUUCAGGGAGAUGUCUGCUUGCAAAAAAGGUCCUCUUCUUCUCAAGCGAGGCCUACAAUAACAUAGGACAAAAAUGGCGUGAGUGAAAUUAAACAGUAGAUGUUGGUGUGUGUUUGCUGCAUGAAUUUUUUCAGAUAAAUGUUUCCGAAGCAGCUGCUUCGCAGUCACUGAUAGUCCUCAUUCUGCCAACUGCUUUGUUGUAAGAUAAGUGUCUUCUGCCAUUCAGAAUAAUAAAACAAGCUAAUCAGGUUCUGGUCAGGAUGUGACACACACAAAAAAAGAUGUUUGAAGGAAAACUGCUCAGAAGACAUUGUUUAUUGGUGUUCGGUAUGCACUGCAAUAAGUUCUUUGUACCAGCCACCACCCAUCACGCUCUGUUCUAUAAUGUAACAAAAGCCUGCUGUAUCUAACUGUACUUGUUUUGAAGUCAUGUGAUGAUCAACAUUAAGGUGUGUGUUUUAGGGAAAAUUCCUAGCGUCCAGCUUUAGUGCUCACCAUGCAGAUGAUGUUGUCACAUUUUGACAGUGAGGAAUGCAGUACUUCGUGCAAACAACUAAGCUGUUUGUGAUCUCUUGGUGUUUCUUGGUUACCGCCGCGGCAAACAAGAAUACUUCGCUAUCAAAAUUGAUGUUGUCGCAUUUGAAUGACCCACAUGAAUUAAUAGAUGGCUCUUCCACUCGACUUCAUGCGCUUUAUAAACAGUUUUGUUCAUUUGCUGUAUGAAAUCUGCAGGAAUGUUUAAAAAAAACAUGAAUAUUUAAGAAUGUUUAAGAUGACCAAAAGAUGCUAUAAUGGCUUUGUGCCUAAAAUUUCUGUGGACAUAUAAAUGUGAUUUUAUUGCUUCAAAUAUUGUGUUUAUUGAAGAGACUUGUUGAUGUCAAAAAGUGUUAUGGAAAAUACUAAUAUCAUUUUAUAUAUAAAAAAAAGAAAAAAACAACCAAAA